CUAAAACUCACGUGAUAUUAGGUCGGAGUAUGUAAGACUAGUUUCGAACCGAUACGGGGCCCUUAGUCAUGUGCUGGUUGCAACGCGGCACAAUCUAAACCGACCGACCUAAUAUCAGGUGAGUUUUAGCAGUGUUUCAUAAUCAAUUAAUAUGUCGAAUACAGUAUAAUUUAAUUCGGAAAUUAGAAAUUAAACAAGCAUUAAGUAAAUCCAACAAAACAAAGUGACCCAAUUCUUUCGACCUCACCAAUUAAAAAGUGUAAAGGCACCGGUGAGGUGAGGUUAGGCGGACAGUGUCGGAGCGGCGGCGUGACGUCACAGGCGCUCCGGAAGCGUAGUCCUGCGCUCCCUGGACCGACGACACCGUUUAGCAGCCAAACGACAAUUGACUUGCGUGUCCGCUGCUCGCCCAGCGAGCUAUGUUCGCGCCGAAACAUUUCGACUUCUGAAUAAUAUGUGCGAUCGCUUACUUGUGUAGGACAGUCAUUUUUAUUUUAUAGUAUAGCCUCGUAAUACAAUGUUUAGUUGUUAUUGUGUACUUUGGUUGGCAGUCGCGGUUGUGUUACUUAAAAUAAUUGAUGCACAGGACAUUUUUACAGUGGAAGCGGUUCUAGGUCACAGUGUGGAGUUACCAUGCAACGUGACGGCGGAGAGAGAAGACGACAGGCUAAACACACUCGCCUGGUACAGGAAUGGAUCGACGACUGCCUUUUAUAGCAGUCGCGACCUUCGCGGCGCGGGCAGCGUGAUGUCGCCGGGGGAGCGGUACCGCCUGGUCGCUUCAGAGAGCGAGGGCGUGGACAAGCUGCAGAUCCUCAAGGUGCGAGCGACGGACGCCGGCGUCUACCGCUGCCACGCUAACUUCGCCGCCAGCCCCACGCGCAAGACUUACUUACAGUUGACUGUUAUUGAGCCGCCACAAAAGCUAUGGGUGAUAUACGAGAACGGCACGCGCGUCACCACGGCCAGUAUGGACUCCAACGCGAGCAGGAACAUCGGCCCGUUCUACGUCGGCGAUACUAUCUACCUUUUCUGCGUCGCUUUUGAAGGCAAGCCAACACCGUCGUUGUCAUGGGUGACCGGUCAGCGAUUGCUCAAGAACACGGCGACGCCGCUGUCGGAGCAGCGCGUGCGCAGCGACCUGCGCUACGGGCCGCUGCUGCGCGAGGACCACGGCCGCGUCUUCACCUGCUUGGCCAAGAACAACGACAAGACGCCGCCGCUCUUGAUCGACGUCGCCAUUGAUAUGUACUUACCACCGCAGCUGGUGUCGGUGCGCGUGUCGGGCAGUCGGGCGGACACGGUGUCGGUCGGUCGGGUGCGAGCGGACGAGCCGCUUUCGCUGCAGUGUCGGGUGCUGGGCGCUAGACCGCUGCCGCCCGUCGUGUGGAGGCUCGACGAUACCCAGCUAGUCAACUUAGAGCAGAACACCACGAUAGAGUCGUCCCAGCGGCUGGUGGUGAGCGACAUCCAGCUGAACAUCACGCACGAGCACGACGAGUCGACGGUGACGUGCUGCGCGCCCGCCUACCAGCGCGACGCCGAGCAGUUCGUGUGCGCCGCCGCGCUGCCGCUCACCGUGCUGUAUCCACCAAUUGUGCAAAUCGUCGUAGAAGAUUCGUUGGAGGACAACACGUUGGCAGUUGUGAAAGGCUCCAACGUAUCAAUGAAUUGCAGUUACCAAGCCAAUCCGUCCGUUCAUCAGCUCAUUUGGUUUCAUGAGGGGGACAUAAAGUAUCAAGACACAGACUCGGCGGUCCAGCCUUCACUGACGCUGAGCGCAGUGAGCGACACUGACGCGGGCGAGUACGUGUGCGGCGCCAUCAGCGAGCUCGGCACCACCUACAGCGAGCCCAUCGUCGUCGAUGUCACGUAUCCACCGUUUUGUGAAGAUGAAACCGUGGUGGAAUAUGGCGUCGGAGAUAACGAAUGCCAGAACUUGACUUGCAAAGUUCAAGCCAACCCAGAACCCACAAAGUACCAAUGGCUACUAAUCCACGAAGUCAAUGGCAGCAAACUGCGCAGCAACCAUUCCAUUACGCUGGAAACGGAUGACUCCGUUCUGUCGUAUAUCAGGCCUAAUGGAACAACCACUCUAAUAUACUGUUGGGGUUUGAACGGCAUCAUAAACAACGAGCUCCAACCGAAGAGGUGCACGUUCAUGAUCACUGACGAGACGCCUCCGCGCACGCCCACCAACUGUGAAGCGGUCAUAAACGCGCUGAAGGAGAUCACCGUCACCUGUGAAGAAGGCUACGAUGGCGGCAUGCAACAGAAAUUCAAAUUUAUUGUGUACUCUUUGGACUCGGAUGAACAACUCGUGUCCAUUAUAACCCAAGAGCCGAAGUUCAUGAUACAGGAGCCCAAACAAGCGAACUACAAAUUCGUCAUCAUUGCUUUCAAUGAGAAAGGUGACAGUGAAAGUGUGGAAAUUGAAAAGGACUCUAUCAUUGAUGAAAAUAAUGGUGGAGCGGAGACAAUAAGCGCAGUGACGAACAUAACGACGCUCGCGCUGUCUCUGUGCGGCGGCGUGGCGCUGCUGGCGCUGGCGGCGUGCGGCCUGGUGCUGUGCGCGCACGAGCGCGGCUCGCGGGCGGACAUACCGCGCGCGCUGCAGGACCCGCCGCUCUGCGCUUUCAGCACUGACGAGACAUGUGAAACGUUUCACGACAGCGACGAUGGUAGCGAAUUCAACGUGCGACGAACAGAGUCGUUCAGAAGAGCCAUGGCAAAGUAUCCACAGAAGAACUUCGACGUGAGAAGGACCAGCUCGUUCCACUCGGCGCGGUAUCCUCAUGAAACUGAACACGAGCCAAAGUGCAAUGACCUCUCGCGGCACAGCGCUAGCUGUCGCGUUCACUCCUUGCAGAACAUCAGCAGAAAGAGAGAGAUGGAUAUGCUGUGCGACCAUCUUGUGAUGCAUCUGCCGCCUGAAACUAGCUACAAUGUACCCAAACCGAUGAACACAUUUUACACGAUGCCCAGAAAAAUGCGCCACAAAGCAGCAAAAGAGAUAAGCGACGAAACUUCCGAAAUCACACAAAACUCGGACGGAUUCUCCCUGCCGCCGCCUCCAGACGAGUUCGGCACAUACCGAGCAGCCACCAGAAUCAGAGACGUGCCAUCAAAAUCAACCCCAAGUUACACGACGGUAGUACGACAUAACUCUACGAACAAAGAACCGCAGAAGUACAACAAUGUCAUAAUAUCCCCCAUGAACACUGUGGGGCUACCAAGUAUUAGUGGAACACAAACCUUAUAUUCUUAUCCGGACGAUCAUCAUCAGGUGAACACAAAUCCUUUCGAUGAUUCCCCGUAGUGUCAAAAUCAGCUGAUAAUCAGCAUUGUAUCUAGCUAAUAUUAGUGUAUAGCUUGGCAAGUUCGUUGAUGACACUCCCAUGAUAUGUGGGCGACGGGGGGAAAGACUGCGCGGGUGUGAAAUCGUGCAUGCGGGUAGUGAGGUGCAUCAGUCAUGGGGUUUUCACUUAUCGCUACACGACCAUCGGGAGUGUUACCAACGAAUUUUCCAAGCUGUAGUUCCCAGGACGUGUAGGACCUCAGACUAGUUACUUAAGCACCUGCGUCGCUAAACAUUUCUUUUCUGCCACAGUACAUGAUCAAUGAUCGUAUGCGAUUAUAAAAACUGUCUCUACAGAAUCCAUGUUUCAGUUGUAAUUGGGUUCCUCGGUAAACUCUGUAAACUCCGUUCGUGAAUUCGUGAAUUUGGUCCUUAAGUAAUUAGUUUUGAGUAGGUAUAGGAUGUAGAAAUCUCAAGUUAUAGAGAGUGAAAUUUAAUAAUUGAAAUUGAUAUAUUUAUCUAAUAAUUAUAAUAUGUAAAACGGUUUACGUACAAACUGAAAAUUGUGAUCUUGAUUUAAGAAAAAAAAUACUUGUACUGAUAUGACGAAAAUUAUAAAGUAUAAACAUCCUAAUCAAGACCUUAGGUUUCUUCCUGUCUUAGAUUGCAUUAUCACUUACCAUCAGGAGAGAUUGAAGUCAAGAGCUAACUUAGUAAAAAUUUAAAAUAAUUCCAAAAAGUUACCAGCAAAUACUUUCAAUAAUAAUGCCUUGUUUAAUUUAUACUAGGCAUUGUACCUCUGCCUUCGAUUCGGAGGU